GCGGCCACAAGGACGAGUACACAAAGAUGGUACAAAAUGGAACAAAAAAUGUACCAAAAAUAGGAAAGCUCCACUGAAAUGUAGAAUUCACAAUUAAAAAAAAAAAAAAAAGCCACACGCCAAAUUAAGCCAGAAAAAAAAAAUGAACAAAAAUAACUAUCACUUCAUUUCAAACAAAUUUAUAAUACCUGGCUCGUCGUGCUCGUAUUUACUUUUUAUCCGCCAUAUAGUAAAACACUUUUUUUUAAAAAAAAAAAAAACACUUUUAAGUCCCCCCUUCUUCAUAUAAAAUAACAUCAUUCAACAAUUCAGUUUCUUUUAACAAUCUUAAGAAGAACGAUCUAUAUCGAAAUUAAUUAUUCUUUCAGUUCCGCUUUUUUUUCUGUUCUUUUCAAAAUUGUAAAUUUCUCUUUUUAUCUGCUUUCUUUCCAAUUUUAAGUGAGCAUCACUCGCAGGAUUCAACGCCCCCGUAACAACCACGAUACGCUAUACACAUUACUAACGUCUAAAUCCACCCAGCAAAAUGACGAGAAAAUAUUUCGUAUCAGCCAACUGGAAAUGCAAUGGAACCCAGGAAAGCAUAAAGGCCCUGGCGGCGAGCUUUAAUGAGUUGGACUUUGACCCCGCCAAGCUGGAUGUUGUCGUUUUCCCCGUGAGCGUGCACUACGAACUCGCCAAGAGCUUGCUGAAGCCAAAGUUCCACACAGGCAUACAAAAUGUGUCCAAGUACGGAAAUGGGUCCUACACAGGGGAAAUCAGCGCAGAAAUUGCCAAGGACCUUAACAUCGAAUAUGUAAUUAUUGGACAUUUUGAAAGGAGAAAAUACUUUAACGAAACGGAUGAAGAUGUGAAGGAAAAAUUACAGCAGUGUUUAAAAAAUAAUUUAAAGGUUGUAGUUUGUUUUGGAGAGUCCUUAGAACAGAGGGAAAAAAAUCAAACCAUCGACGUGAUAAAAAAACAAGUGAACAGCUUUGUUCAUUUAAUUAACAACUUCGAUAAUGUUGUUUUGGCAUAUGAACCAAUUUGGGCCAUUGGAACGGGAAAAACUGCAACACCUGAACAGGCCCAGGAAGUCCAUAAGGAAAUCAGAAAUAUUGUGAAGGAAAAAUGUGGAGAAAAAAAUGCUAACCAGAUCAGAAUUCUAUAUGGUGGUAGUGUUAAUACGGAAAAUUGUGCAUCCCUCAUUAAGCAGCAAGAUAUUGAUGGGUUCCUAGUGGGUAAUGCGUCUUUGAAGCCAUCCUUUGUUGACAUUAUCAAGAGUGCCAUGUAAAAUAAA